AUGUUUAAAUUAAUCAUAGCAUCAAUUUUAAUUUCCUUUUUGGUUGGUUGUUCAGUUGCCAUGCCAAUGAGAGUACAUAAGCCCAAUCCAUAUGGAUUCUGUACUACUUGUGUUUUCUAUAUGCCAGGACUUGUAGAAGAUGUCCUUGCAAUGAUCGCACAAGGUGAGGACACUAGUUCUUGUCAGUCUACUUGUGAUUCAUUCACAUCAUCAGAAGAAAUUAUGGUUUGUUUACAAGUAUGUAAAAAGGUUGGUAUUACUGAUUUCAUUAGUCUCAUUAAAGAGAAUCCAGAUCCCAUCUAUGCCUGUCAAUAUGGUGAUGAGUGUAUUACCAACCCAGAUAUUCCAACUGCAUCAGUUACAGUUGGAGUCAAGCCAACCCAAGCUCCAAAGGGAACUACCUUUACCGCAUCUGGAGACUACACAGUCAAUGAACCAUUGAUGAUUGGUUCGGUCGCUUGGAAUGUCACCAACGCAGCUGGCAAGGUUAUUUUCUCAGACUCUAAGCUAGUCACCAACGUAGCUGUUGGUAUUACCUAUCCAGUUACAUUCCAAUUCCUCGGUUCUUCAACUGGUACCUUUGAAGCAAACGUUGCUAUUUGUUCAGGUACCUGUGGAUCCGUUCACUCUGUCUACAUUGAUUCAUUUACCACAAGCUUUUUAGUUACUAAAUAA